UAACGAAAGAUAAAAACGCCGAGCAGAGAGUGAUGAUAGCUUCAACUCACUCAAGCCAUGGCCGCUCUCUCAAUUGGCCUCGCCACUACUAUCCCAUUCCUCCGUACACCUCCCAAGCUUACUCGCUUCAGACCCGCCAGAAUUUCCUGCAUUGGAUGGGACCCAGAGGGCAUAUUAGGGCCGCCGAAAACGGGCCACCUCGCUCGGCAGGAGUUCAAGAGACGGCUCGAGAAGGACUCCGAUGCUCGGGAAGCUUUCGAACGCCAAGUCCUCGAAGAGAAAGCUCGCCGUGAAGCUCUCCGUCAAUCUCGUGUGGCCCCUGAUUCUCCCUCUGAGCUGAUUGAGUACUUUCUUGAUACCGAAGCACAAGAUAUCGAGUUCGAGAUCGCAAGAUUGAGGCCAAGAUUGACUAAGGAGUUUUUUGCACAUGUACAACUAGAGUUGGGUCAGCUUCGGUUUGCAGUUCCUAAAACUGAGGCUAUGGAAGAUAGAUUGAUCGAGCUGGAAGCAUUGCAGAAAGCUCUGCAGGAAGGGACAGAGGCAUAUGAUAAAAUGCAAACUGACAUUGUAAAAGCUAAGGAAAAUCUAACAAAAAUUUUGACAUCAAGGGAUGUAAAAGCAACUUUACUGGAGAUGGUCGAGCAGAAUGCACUUAAUAGAUCCUUAUUGACCCUUCUUGAUGAGAACAUAGCAAAUGCACACAGCGGCAACCAGAAACAAGCAGCAGAGUUCAUGGAAAAGGUUAGGGGAGCCGUUCUUAAGUAUAUGACAGUUUAGUUCUCAGGUCAUCAGUACAGAAAAGAGAAACGUAAAUGGUAACUAUGAAAAGCAGAGUAAAAUUGAUGAACAAGAAUCAUUCAUUUCUAUAUCAUAUUGGCGGUGUCAUCAUUAAUAAUUUAAACCAAUGUAUUGCUGAUCUAUGUAAAAGUAUAUGUUUUUUUGAGUGGACACUAGCAUAAAAUAAAAUUAUUAUUGUUAUGUUCUUGGACAUUUUUUUGAGGGAAUUUUGUUCUUAGAGAUACUAAAAGUAAAGUAUAAACAUUAUUUUAAGUGAUC